AUGGAUGCAUAUCAAUCAUCGAGUUUAAAAGAACUUUUUGAUCCACCAACUGGUAACCUAACAUCAGGACUUGAAAGUGUUCAAUUAGAUAAAAUAUGUCCUGGAGGAUUUAGCAAUUUAUUUACACAAUUACGUCGUCGUUCAAAUUUAUUAACAGUAACACAUAUUGCAUAUGCUUGUUAUUUUGUUACACUAGCUAAUCGUAUCAAACGUGGAGGUGAUCAAUUAAAAGAAGCACCGAUGAAAAAAAGAAGUCAUCGUCUCAUGGCUGAACUACGUCGAGAAAUAGGUCUUAAAAUUGGUAUUAUCGGUGUUGGACGUCUUGGACAUUUACUUGCAAAAUUUUUAAUGCGAUAUGGAGAUGUUUAUCCAGAAGAAUUAUUUCUUUCAAGUCGACAAGCUGAUCUAUUAACUGAUAUGAUUGAAACUGGUGUUGCAUUUUGUAAAUUUAAUAAUGCUCAUAUUGUUGAAAAUUGUGAUAUUGUUUUUAUUUGUGUUGCACCACAUCAAGUUCGUUAUGUAGUCGAUGAUAUUCGUGAUCGAAUUAAACCAAAUGUUAUAAUUUAUCAUUUAAUACUUGGUUUUCCAGCACUUAAACUUGCUUCUCUUUUACAACAUACACAUUUUAUUAAACCAUCCUAUCAAUUAAAUACAAGUAUUGAUCAAAAUGAAUCGACAUGGCCGAUAUCUGAUGAUAUUGAAACUGUAUUUAAAAAUGAUAUACUUAUGAAAAGAAUAAGUUUAGAAAACGAAGAUCAAAAUGAUAGUCUUGUACGAGAUGAUGACUUUAUACCAACAAUGUUUUAUGCACUAUUAAAUGUUUUAAAAUUUAAUACAACAUUGAAUCGAAUUCAAUCAUUAAGAGUUAUAUCAGCAUUAUUAUUUAAUAAUCCAAAUCUUGAUCUAAUCAUUCAAACAUUUCGUAAUCUUGAAACAGAACAAAUGAAUAAUACUGAAUUUUUUCCUGAUUUUAAUCUUGUUCAUUUGAAACAAGAACAAUCUAUUCUACGAAAUUUACUUGAUCAAAAUCCCAAACUACGUCAUUUAUUUUCAGAUACAUUUAUAUCACAUUAUACUCCAAUAAUUAAACAACAACAACAACAACAACAAUAA